CAGUGGAUCAGCAGUACACACUUGCUUGAGAUCGUGAGCGAGAAGCACGUCGCACAUACUGCCUGGAUAUAUUUAUAAGUAUCAUGCGCUUGAGUGUCACAGUCGGUAUCCGUGUGACAUAGGAAUACGCAGCGUGACUUUUUUUUCAGAUUCCAAUGUUUUGAGAAUCAUUUUUUGAAGCUUGUUGUCAUAUGUCCGGAGGUUCAUCUCGCACAGCCAUUCAUCGCCAAACUUCUGCAGGGCUGAUCUACAGCGGAGUCUCGGUGCCUUUGGAGGACAAAAUGCCUCAAACACCACCCUUUCCUGUGAUGUAUGGGUCCAAUGGCUACAACAAGAAUCUCUAUAAGGCCAAGGAAGAGGACUAUGAAGGCCUGUAUUACCAUGAAAACAACCUGGUGUCAGGGUCCUUGGAGGCUCUAAUUGAGCACUUGGUCCCUACGGUGGCUUACUAUCCUGAUAGAACAUACAUCUUCACAUUCCUGCUCAGUUCCCGUCUCUUUAUUCACCCCUAUGAGCUGAUGUCCAAAGUGUGCCAUUUGUGUGUGGAGCAGCAGAGACUCGCUGAUCCUCAGGCUGAUAAGGCAAGAGUCAGGAAAAUAGCUCCCAAGUUCCUGCAGUUGCUGACUGAGUGGACGGAGACAUUUCCUUAUGACUUCAGGGAUGAGAGGAUGAUGAAGAGCCUGAAGGAACUAACACAUCGUCUGAGUACUGGAGAUGAACUCUAUCGCAAGGCGGUGCAACAGAUGACACAAACGCUGAUCCGUAAGCUCACCACACUGAGUCAGUAUGAGGAGGCUUUAGCCAAGAUUAACUCCUCUGUGACAGACAGACUAACUGUGCUGAAGACCAAACCUCAGUCCAUCCAGAGAGACAUUCUGACUAUCUGCAGCGACCCCUUCACCCUGGCACAGCAACUCACACACAUUGAACUGGAAAGACUGAGCUACAUCGGACCAGAGGAAUUCAUUCAGGCGCUUGUUCAGAAAGACCCUCUUGAUAACGACAAGAGAUGCUUUAGCGAUCACAAAAAAGCCAGUAACCUGGAGGCUUAUGUGGAGUGGUUCAACAGACUCAGCUACCUGGUGGCGACCGAGAUCUGCAUGCCUGUAAAGAAGAAACAUCGGGCUCGAGUCAUUGAGUUCUUCAUCGACGUGGCACGAGAAUGCUUCAACAUUGGCAACUUCAACUCGCUCAUGGCCAUCAUUACUGGGAUGAAUAUGAGUCCAGUGUCACGGCUUAAGAAGACCUGGGGCAAAGUCAAAACUGCCAAAUUUGAUAUACUAGAGCACCAGAUGGAUCCCUCUAGCAAUUUCUACAACUACAGAACAGCGCUGCGUGGAGCCACUCAGAGAUCCAUCACUGCUCAUAGUAGCAGGGAGAAGAUUGUUAUCCCUUUCUUCAGCCUCUUGAUUAAAGACAUCUACUUCCUCAAUGAAGGAUGUGCCAACAGGCUCCCGAACGGACAAGUCAAUUUUGAGAAAUUCUGGGAGCUGGCCAAACAAGUGAUGGAGUUCAUGACGUGGAAGAAGGUGGAGUGUCCUUUUGACAGAGACCGCAAGAUCCUGCAGUAUCUCCUGACCGCACCAGUCUUCAGUGAAGAUGCUUUGUAUCUGGCAUCGUAUGAGAGUGAAGGACCAGAGAACAACAUGGAGAAAGACAGAUGGAAAUCUCUCAGGUCCUCGUUGCUGAACAGGACAUAGAUCCUGACAGGAGCUCAAAAUCAAGUGAACCUUUCGACAAGCAAGCUGUGUCCCCCUUUUGCACCCUCCAAAAGUGAGAAGUAUCCCUGUUUUUCAAGGGAGAUGACAAUCCAUAUUUUGCUGAACGGUGCAUUUUUAUGUUGGAAAGAGCAGCAUCUCUUUACAAGGCCCUUCUCUUUUUGUCUUUCAUACUGGAUAUUUCAGGCUAUUUCAUGUCUUUGUGCAGACUUUUGUACUCCUUUUUCUCCGUCUUUAAAGCAUGAUUUGAGCAGAAGGAAAACGACAUAUCGCUUGCCUACAAACCAAUUCCAGUCUAUGCUGUAGUUCUUCUCUAUUGACUGUAAGAGUUUGCCGCUGGUUGGUAAAAACUCAAUUGAAACAGUUUGGAGAAAAUGAAAAAAAGAAAAGAAAAAACCAAGAUGAUAAACCAGCAUUAUGUGUACUGGCUUCCAGUACUGUUCCAGUAUUUUUAUUGUACCUGAAGCAUUAAUUUAAGUAUAGAUUUAUGUUAUCACUAUUUUUUGAUAUUGUGUAUGUCAGUUUUUUUUUAUGCAUAUGAGAUGUGAGUAAUGCAUUGCUUUAACCUCUGUGAGUGAUCGUUGAUAUGUGCGUGAUUAACCCUGAAAGAUGGUUACCGAAUGCACUGGAUGCUUCUGUGAAUAAAGAUGUCAAUUCCUUUCUUGUGUAAACUCUUUUGUGAUAAUUCUGCAGCUUUAAGCUCCCCAUCUCUAUUUUCUUGUUGUCAAGGCUUCGCUGUAGACGUAUGUUGACUGUUGAUGGAAAGACCGUGUUCGUUCGUCAGUGUUACAGUUGUAAUGCUGUUUCUUACACAAUGAAGGUGAUAUUUUUAGAAGUGCAGCUCAGUACACUGGUGUUCUGUCGCCCUCUGGUGGCGAAGUGAAAAUGAGCUCGUUACCUGAAGGCCCAUCACACCUGUGGUAGAUGGGAUUUGAGUCCAUUUGAAUGAUGUAUAACAUUUUAUUACUGUUAUUUUGUUAAUAUUUUCAUUAGAUUUUAUUUAUUGGCUUCAAAAAUAUGUUGUCGUCUGCUUUACUGUUUUAAAGUAUUUUAAAGAUAUUUACAGGCUUUAUUAUAUUCUGUUAUUUUGUACUAGGUACAUGUUUUAUAGUAAUCAGAUAGUGCUCUAUCUAAUAUUUUAUAAUGUUUAUAAAAGUUUGUAUGAGGAAAAACUAAUAUUUGAAGGUACUAGCACAUAUGAAGUUAAUGUCAGUCAGUCCCUUUUUUCUUAUUGGAAACUCCACAAAUACAUACUUUUUUUGUUUUCUGUGUAAAUAUCAUGUCGUUUUCUCCACUCUGUAUAUUGGUAUGUAUUUUGAUCGUUCAGGCAGAUUAUGAGACCUCAUGAACAGUGGUAUGGAGUGAACAAGAAAAAAAGAGGAAAUAAAUAAUGCCUAUGGAAAGAAGCUA